GUGCAGCUGCAGAUCGAACGGCCCUCUUCUUAUCUGCACCCCUUUACUUGCAGUAUCCACCAACGGAGUUUUCCCGCGCUCGCUGCUUGAUUUCCAUUUGAGUCACAUGAGCUAAUAGAUCUAGAUACCAACAUGCAGUCCGUCGCUCAGCGCGGGGUCGUCGCCCGGCCUGCGACGACCCAUUUUGUCUUCCAAUGCCCCCGGCGCGCGCGGCCUGCGCUUGUCACGCUGGCGGUAUCAUGCCCUGGAAACAACACUAGCUUGCAAUCCCAGCCCCAGCACGCCUCAUGGGCGCAGAAGUUUGUGCGCGCGACCGUGGUCGCGACGACGCUGCAGUUCUUCGCUGCCGCUAGCCACGCUGCUAACGCUAGUGUUGGUGGUGGCAUUGGCGCGGGAGGAGGUCAUCGCGGUGGAGGCGGGGGCGGCGGGGGCGGGGGCGAUGGCCACUCCUCCAUGUCGCAUGGCGGGUCCCCAACCGUGCUUGGCGACAUCGCCGAGGCCUCCUCCGACCUCGUUGAGGAGGUGGUGCUGCUAGACGUGGGAGGCAUGAAGUGCGGUGGCUGCGUGGGCCACGUGAAGAAGAUCCUGGAGGAGCAGCCCGGCGUGACCAGCGCCUCGGUCAACCUGGCGACUGAGACAGCGCUGGUGCGGGUGCUGGUGCCGCGCGGCUCGCGGCAGCAGCCUUCUGGCAGCAGCGGCAACGGAGGCAGCGGAGGCGGAGGCGCGUUGGCUGCGCUUGGGGAGAAGCUGGCACAGGCCCUGACCGACGCCGGCUUCACCUCCAAGCGCCGCGACCCCGACACCUCCUCCUCCUCGCUCGCCGCCGCGCUCGCCGCCAAGCGCGCCGCCAAGGUGGAGCGCCUGCGCGCCGCCACCGUGGACCUGGUGGUGGCCUGGGGCCUGGCGGCAGUGUGCGGGCUAGGGCACCUGGCGCACGCCUGGGCGGGGGCGCCCGCCUGGAUGCACCUGCUGCACAGCGUGCCUCUGAAUGCGGCGCUGUCGGCGGCGGCGCUGCUGGGGCCGGGGCGGGAGAUCAUGGCUCAGGGCCUCAAGGCGCUGGCUGCGGGGCGCCCCGACAUGAACACCCUGGUGGGGCUGGGCGCCGGCGCCUCCUUCGGCGUCAGCUGUGUGGCGGCGGCGCUGCCCGGGCUGGGCUGGAAGACGUUCUUCGAGGAGCCCGCCAUGCUGCUGGGCUUUGUGCUGAUUGGGCGGGCGCUGGAGGAGCGAGCCAAGCUGCAGGCCAGUGCGGACAUGGCGGCUCUGCAGGAGCUGGUGCCCACCAAGGCGCGGCUGCUGCUGGGCGGCGGCAAGCACUCGGAGGUCCCGGCGGAGGCUGUGGGCGCGGGCGACCUGCUGGUGGUGCUGCCGGGUGACCGGGUGCCUGUGGACGGCACGGUGGUGGGCGGCCGCAGCAGUGUGGACGAGAGCGCGCUCACGGGGGAGCCGCUGCCGCUCACCAAGACCGAGGGCGACAAGGUGACUGCGGGCACGGUCAACUGCGACGGCGCCAUCACGGUGCGGGCGGAGCACAGCGGCCAGCAGACCGUCAUCGCGGACAUCGUGCGCAUGGUGGAGGCCGCGCAGGCCCGCACCGCGCCCAUACAGCGCCUGGCCGACACGGUGGCCGGCAAAUUCGCGUACGGCGUCAUGGGCCUGUCCGCCGCCACCUUUGCCUUCUGGGCCACAGUGGGCACGCGGCUGUUCCCGCAGGUGCUCGCCGGCGCCGCCGCCGGGCCCGCCGGCACACUGCUGCUGUCGCUGCAGAUGGCCUGCAACGUGCUGGUGACUGCCUGCCCCUGCGCCCUGGGCUUAGCCACGCCCACCGCGGUGCUGGUGGGCACGGGCGCGGGCGCGCGGCGCGGGCUGCUCAUCCGCGGCGGCGACAUCCUGGAGGCCACAAGCCACGUGGACACGGUGGUGUUUGACAAGACCGGCACCCUCACCGUUGGCAAGCCGCAGGUGACGCACGUGCACUCCAUUGUGCCCCAUGCGGACGCCGACACGCACCUGGGCGCCGACGCCCUGCUGCAGCUGGCGGCGGCUGUGGAGCGGCGCACCACACACCCCGUGGCCCUGGCGCUGGUGCGCGCCGCCGACCGCCUGCACCCGGAGGCCGCAGCCGCCUCCGGCGCCACUGCUACAGCCGCCGCCUCGGCCGGUGCUACAGCCAGUGCGGCGGAGCGCGACGGCGGCGCUACAGCCAGCACCAGCCAGCCGGGAUCUGGAUCCGGGAACGGGCACGGGCAACAGCAGCAGCAGCAGCAGCAGCAGCUGGACCUUUCGGUCGUGGACGGUUCGUUUAUCCAAGAGCCGGGCAGCGGAGUGGCGGCGGUGGUUGGCGGGCGGCGGGUAGCGGUUGGGACGUUGGACUGGCUCCAACGCCAAGGCGCCGACGUGGCGGCGGCGGAGGCUGCCCUUGCAGCGUACGGCGUCGGCGGCGCAGCCGUUACAAAAGCAGCGGCGGCGGCGGCGGCAGCAGGUGACGACCUGGAUUUCUCGGAGCCGGGCGCAUCAAGUACGUCGGCAUCAGCAGCGGCGGCGGCUGUAGCAGCGGCGGUGGCGAGUGGCAGUAGCAGCAGCAGCGGGGUGCAGGGGCUGGGCAACAGCCACAGCCGCGUGUAUGUGUCGGUGGACGGGGUGUUGGCUGGGGUGAUCGACGUGGCGGAUGCGGUACGGCAGGAUGCACGUGACACGGUGGACCGGCUUCACAAGCAGGGCAUUCGCACAGUCAUGCUCUCUGGCGACAAGCCCGCCGCCGCCGCCGAGGUGGCCGCCGCCGUCGGCAUCGCCGGCAGCGACGUGUUUGCCGACGUCAAGCCCGCGGGCAAGAAGGCGGUGGUGGAGGCACUCAAGAGCGAGGGCCGCGUGGUGGCGAUGGUGGGCGACGGCAUCAACGACACGGCGGCGCUGGCGGCGGCGGACGUGGGCGUGGCCAUGGGCGGCGGUGUGGACGCGGCCAGUGAGGUGGCGGCGGUGGUGCUCAUGGGAGACCAGCUCAGCCAGGUCGCGGACGCAGUGCAUCUGGCCAAGCGCACACUUGCCAAGAUCAACCAGAACCUGGUGUGGGCGUUCGGCUACAAUGUCAUUGCCAUCCCGCUGGCGGCCGGCGCGCUGCUGCCAGCCGCCGGCAUCUGCCUCACGCCCUCCAUCAGCGGCGCCCUCAUGGGCCUGAGCUCGCUGGCGGUGGUGGGCAACUCGCUGCUGCUGCAGUGGGAGGUCCGCAACAUGGGGCAGGCGCAGGGGCAGGGGCAGGGGCAGGGGCAAGCGCUGGCGCAGACAGGCGGGACACGACAGCAGCAGCUGGAGCAGCAACAGCCGCGGCAACAGCAGCCGGUGGUGUCAGCCGGCGUGACGUCUGGCACGGACGGUGACGGCUCUGGCGCAGGUGCGGUGGGGGCGGGCGCGGCAUCCUCUCGCGGCGCACCGCAGAUGCUUGCGUCGCUUGUUAGCUCUGCGGCAGCUGCGGCGACGGCGGCAGGAGGCGGCGGCGGCAAGCAGCCGCCACAGGCCCCGCCGGCCAUUGGCGGUGCCGCAGGUGCUGGUGCCGGGUAGUCAUGGGCCGUGUGCUGUGUGGCCGUGUGCCGUGUGCAGGCAGCGAGCGCCUAGGCAGGUGACGUUGUGCGGUGUUGGGAGGCAGGCACGCUGACGGAAGGCACCUGGCGACCGAACAGAUAGAGUUGGACAUUCACGACUGUGUCCUAGCCGGAAUAGGGGCGGCUAAUAGUUAGACUGCUUCGCACAGACUCCCAAAGGCUUCCCCAAGUUCUGACCGAUCCGAUAUAUCACAUCAAAAUAGUUAUUACAUUCGUUCGAAAGAAAGACGUUUGCACUGCACUACACAGGCAUGGCUGUAUGUGUUGACGUACGCUGUGUGUGCGUUCAUACCGCCCGAGAGCGUGGCCUGGGAGCUUGUGCGGAGUCAUGACAUAGUUAGCUGUUGGGGCAACGGAAGGUAAGCGGUUCGGGGCAGGUCACGAAGUUUUGGGGCAGGGCAGGUUCAAAGUAGGUUGCGGACAGGGGCACGUGGACAACAGUUGGCCACAUUAGUCAGACGGUCAGGUGGUCAGAAGCAGUGCCCCCCUGCUGUUAGGCAAUUUUGACAAGAGGUUUGACGGGCGUAUGUACGGGCUGUGCAGGGCUGAACUGCAGGCGAGUGAAGCUGCAAGCAGCUCCCGGCCCUAGUCCGUGUGCUCUAGCCUUGUUCUAGCCCAGGGGUGCCCCUGUUCUAGCCUUGUUCUAGCCUUGUUGUACCUGUGCAACACCGCUGUUGGCCAUUGUCUGGCACUGACACGUUGGACCGUGCGCACCUUGCCCAACGUGGCCCGGCUGAUACGUCGAGGCACGCGUUCCCCGCGAGGGGCCGUGAGGCGUGAGGCAGCUAAUGGGUGCAGGAUACAGGGUAAGAAACUGCAGGAAUACACGGUAAUGCGAACUGUGAAGCAAGGUUGAUAUAGUCGGCGCCCCCCGCAAACCCGCAGUGCAUCUUGGUAUCUAUGCUUUGUAGCUAACAAAGCUAAGGGGUGUUUCGGCUGGCGAAGUAGCGAGCGGGGCCAAGGGAGCGGGGCUGAGGCGCUGCGGUUGGCGGCGGUUGGCAGGGUCAGCGAGCGGGCGAACUUAGCCUCCAGGCGCCUGGCGCGACGCCCAGAGCUAACGCAUGCUUGCGCUCUUAGCGUUGAAUCUAGCUCUCAAAUAAGC